AUGCGCUCCUCAUGCUGCCCGCCUGCCACAUCACACAACCUGAAGGUGUUGUGUGUUCGGAUGUGUAUGUUGUAUUCCACCAUGUGUCUGGCAGGCUGGCCGCUGUCCUCAGAGGCAGCCAGACUGCGCUGUGGAUCUGAUCUCCUCAGUGACCUCAUAUUUGUGUGUGGGGAUCGUGGAAUCCAUUUUGGUAAAGGUGCAUGGUCUGGUUACGGUCCUCGGCCUAGAGGGAAGGGGAUUGUGGAUCAGUGCUGUCGGCCUGCUGGCUGUGAACUUCAGCAUCUGGAGAUGUACUGUGCCAAACCAAAGAGUCAGCAGCAAACCACAGCUUACCCAGCCACAACCACAGCACCUCAUACCACCUCACAGCCAGACACGGCUCAGCAGUUUGAAGCAGUAUUUCAGAGAAGACUCUCUGAGCACCUGGGCCCCCCCAACAGUCCAAGGAGGGAAGCUUACAGAAAGAAAUCACAGCCUUCACCUCGACGGAAAAGCAAAGUUUCAUCGUCACGCAGGAGGAGUAAAACAAGGACCACCACCAGCAUGCCUCCUUUAACCACUGGGAGUCCACCUCAAACAACGACAUCUGAUUCAUGA